UUUCAACAGUUUCAAUUUUAUAAUUUUGGACUUUUUAUGAAACAUUCACUCUCCUGGAUUGUCAUCAAAAGGGAUAUUGUCCAAAUUGUGCACAUUUGUCAUGAGGAAUUGGUAUGGUAUGAUGAUUCUCCACAUGCUGUACACAUACAAUGCAACGGACACAUUUUUAAAAAUUAUGUAUUAACAUUUUGUCGUGUUUUUAAAAAGAAAUCAGUUUAUUAUUUGUGUAAAGAAAAAAUAUCUGCUAAUUCCACUUUUUUAAGGAAACAUUUAAGGGUCCUGUUGAUGCAUUCAUUCAAAAUUAAGUAAUUCAUUCAACAUUAAGUAAUCAAAAGGUAAUCAAAUGUAAUUAGUUUUAUUACUUUGAGAAAGUAAUUGGAAUAAUUACACUACUAUCACUUAUAUUUUCAACAGGGUAACUACAUUUCCAAUGUAAUCUUCUCAACACUGUUGUUGUGGUCAUCUGAAAUGACAGUUUUGGAUAGGAAGAAUGCGGUUGAUGAUAUCUGAAAUGUUCUUUUUGACUAGGCAAAACUGAAUUACAGAUAUCUGCGUAUCUCUAUGUUUCUUGUGGUUUGAAGAUAAUGUUGGAAAAUGAUAACAUUGGUAAAGAACCCAUGUACUCUGUUGUUUUGUAAGGAUUAUUAUGUAUUUUACAACUGAGUAGCCGUGUUCCAGAGGGGCGCGGGGCAUCGAGGACAUCACUGAAGAGAGGUGCGCUUGAAACCCACUCCCAGUCAUUUUGACAUUCUUUAGUUCUGUAACUAAAGCGGCAUCUUUUGAUUCAUUUCCAAACAAACCACAAAAGAGCGAGAGAACGGAGGUGGUGACGUAGGAGAAAACCGGGUUGUAAAAGCUCCGCAGCGUCCACAGUUCAAGGCUGUGGCCCACCCUCCUGGACUCACGUGUGCUUUUGUUUGCGUUGCUCCCCACUCUCACUUUGGCAUGUGAACUCUUGCUGCGAUCACUCAAUGAGGUCCUCCUUUCUCCCGCAUUCACUUGUGUUUCGAAACCUUUCGCAGAUGUGCUUGAGCCACAUUGAACGUGCACUCAGCAUUAAAAGUGAAAGUCCUCGCUUUUCCCUCUAGUCCAUUUUGAAAUGGACGACACUGAGCAAAGUAGCCGCCCUGACAACAGGCAUCUCGUUGUGCCACUGGAUGAGGACCAGCUGGAGGUCAUUGGGCAGAGAGUAGACACUUCCAUGUCCUUCUUGGAGAUGGUUAAGAUGCAAUGCCGAUGUUCAGGCUCCAGGUUAAGGAACGCUCUGCUGGGCUUGUUUCCCAUCCUGUCAUGGCUGCCUCACUACUCCAUCAGACAAAGUGCAGUCGGAGAUGUGGUCUCCGGGCUCAGCGUGGGCGUCAUGCAUCUGCCACAGGGUAUGGCCAACGCCAUGUUGGUAGGCAUUCCUCCGGUGUUUGGCCUCUACACGUCUCUCUACCCGCUGAUCAUUUACUUCAUAUUUGGCACCUCCAGACAUCUCUCCGUGGGAACUUUCGCCGUGCUGGCCAUCAUGAUUGGGUCUGUCCCUGCCAUUUCGGAGUUGCCUAGCAAUGGUACUGAUGUGGUGGCUGCUAAAGUAAACAUAGUUGUCCAACUGACCUUGCUCUGUGGUCUCAUUCAGCUGCUACUCUAUAUGCUGCGGUGCGGGGCUGUGUGCCGCUGGUUGUCCGAUCCCCUCAUCAGGGGCUACACAACAGGUGCCGGCCUGCAUGUCGUUGCCCUGCAGCUGCCCCUCAUGACUGGAGUAUUUGCACAGAGACACACUGGACUGAUGGCCUCCGCCUGGUUUUAUUGUGUCCUCUCCCAGACUUUACACGAUGUCCUGUAUGGGAUUACCAGUGUGAUACCAGGAAGUCUGUCAAUCUCUGUGGUUUCCAUGGUGAUACUCAUUGGGGGCAAGAUGCUGAAUAAACAUUUUAAAAGCAAGCUGCCAGUGGCCAUACCUUGGGAAGUUAUACUGAUUGUCCUGGCUACUGUGGUGUCGGUGCAGCUGGACUUGGCUGGACAACAUAAAGUCCAGGUGGUCGGAGACAUUCCCUCUGGCCUGUCGUCCCCCAUCGUCCCCUCUCUCUCCCUGGUCAGAGAGCUGUUCAUUCCGGCUCUGUCGGUCGCUCUGGUGGGCUUCAGCUUCCUCUCAGCUAUGGGUUCAGUGUUUGCCCACAAACAUGGCUAUCACUUUGACUCCAGUCAGGACCUGCUGGCUUUGGGUUUGUGUAACUCCAUAGGAGCCAUGUUCCAGUGUUUUGCUGUCAGCUGCUCCUUCUCACGCAGUAUGGUUCAGGAAAACAUUGGUGUCAAAUCACAGAUGUCAGGCUUGGUGUCAGCCCUGAUGAUUUUGACUGUUUUGCUGAAGAUUGGUCAUCUUUUUGAGCAGCUGCCAAAGGCAGUGUUAGCAGUGAUCAUUGUGGUGAACCUGCAGGGGUUGCUGGCUCAGUUUAAAGAUGUUGUUCUGUUAUGGAAGUCUGAUAAAUGUGACCUGCUCGUGUGGGUGGCAUCACUGAUUUCAACCCUAGUCCUAAACCUGGACUUGGGUCUGGCAGUGGCCAUUGCCUUCUCUCUGCUUACGCUCAUCUACAGAACACAACGCUCCUCCACUGCUGUGUUAGGUCACGUACCUGGUACAGAUUGUUACAGAGAUGUGCAGCUCUACACUGAGGCAAAGAUGAUUCCCGGAGUUACCAUAAUCUUUUGUCCCAGUCCAAUUUAUUUUGCUAACUCCGAACUGGUCUUCACUGAGAUCACACAGAUAGUGAGUCGUGCUCAGAAAGAGAACCCAGCAAGAGUUCGAACCUCUGUGUUGUCCCCCUCCGCCCAGUUACUGACACACAGCCACUACUUGAUUCUGGAUCUCAGCUCGGUCAACUUCAUGGACUCUAAGGGCAUGACAGCACUUUGCAAGCUUGUGGAGAACUUUGAAGCCCAGAGUCUCCGUGUUUUUCUGGCCUCCUGCCCGGAGAGCCUUUUAUCCCAGCUUCGGUAUCAGGGCUGCAUACCCAACAUCCUGCCCAGCUCCUCUGUCUUUCCAUCAGUCCAUCACGCCGUCCAUCAGUGUAUCAGCACCGUGCCUGUGCUUCUUGAGGAAUUUUCCUCUGGUGGAAGAUAAAGUUGAAUGUACAACUUGGACUCCUUCCUCUGGUCACGGGCGUGCUGGAGCCUAUCCCGUCUAUCUUCGGGCGAGAGGCAGGGUACACCCUGAACUGGUCACCAGCUAAUCACAGGGCACAUAUAAACAAACAACCAUUCACACUCAUAGUCACACCUACGGGUAAUUUAGAGUCUUCAAUCAAUCUACCAUGUUUUUGGCAUGUGGGAGGAAACCGUAGUGCCUGGAGAAAACCCACGCAGGCACGGGGAGAACAUGCAAAUUCCACACAGGCGAGGCCAGGAUUUGAACCCCAGUCCUCAGAAUUGUGAGGCAGAUGUACUAACCAGUCGCUCACCGUGCCGCAUAU